AUGUCUCAAUCGCUCUUGUCUUUGUCUCCGACCAGCCUCAAGAACCUUAAAGCCGGCGAGACCAUCACAAUCUGGUACAAGGAGAGCGACAACGCCGACUCAGUCAACAGACGAAUCCUCUUCGAAGCAUUUCCGAAAAACGUUGUCACCACCUUCUCAACCACAUGGAAGGCCGAAUUUCCACCCAUGAACAAGAUGAAGACCGACGACAUCCUCAAGAUCGGUUCGAAGAAGAGCGUGACUGUUGUGGGCGGGAACUUCAAGGUCUGGAAAGACAUGCUCAAUUGGAUGUUGGCUUCGUGCCAGGGCCGAGGGCUUGAGCAGCUCAAGAUCCCCAGCGUCAAACCGUUCACCUACCUCUUCAUCCUCCGCGCCUGCGCUCGUGUCAUCGGAUGCGAGCACCUUGUCACAGAAGCCAACCGGCACAUGGAUCGCAUUGCCGCAGUUCAAAUCCACUCCGAGGAUGUCCGUACGCUCUGGUUCCUCAAUCCUCCAGAUGAGGAAGUGAGACAGUUCCUCGCCGACCACGUCGCCAUUCGCUUCUGGGAGAGGAGACUCAAGGCAUACGGCGCAUAUCGAACCUUGCGCAUGGAGAUUCCAGAAUUCAACCAAGCGAUCGACGAUUUCUGUACCAUGAAGAAAGCCGAGCGUGCCGAAGAGAAGAAGAAGCUGUGGGAGCAGAGAAAGAAGGAACGAGAAAUCAAGCGAGCGACGGGCUAUGGAGGAUAUGGCCGACCAGGGAGAACGAUCGGUGGCUGGAAAGGCAAGGAUGGGAACCAGAAAGCAGGGGACUCCAAGGAUGAAGGAGAGCCCAAGACUGUCACCUUGAGGAUGGAAGUUGUUCGCAAGGGCACCAAGAAGCAACCGACCUACGCAAAGUUGGAUUUGGGGGCCAUUGGUCUAACGAAGCAGGAAUCCGUGGGUGGUAAGUAG